AUGGCAUUAACUGAAGUUACUAUAUCAGCAAUUUUGACCUUUGUUUUGACUCGAUUAUACGAUAGCAAUUCCAAUCAAAGGAGCACUAAAUUGAUUAGUGAUAAUUUGAAAAAGGAGUUGAGUAGGGAUCUUGAGGUUAAUAAUAAUAAAUUCAGUGAGGAAUUGGAUGCUAAGCAAAAGAUUAUUCUUGAGAAGAAUUCCAAAAUUAUUAAAUUGAGCACUGAUUUAAAGACUUUGGAAGAGAAUUUGAAUAAUUUGAUCAAGGAGAACAAUGAGUAUAGAUUGAAUUUAAAAGAGAUUGAAGAUAAAAAUAAGAAUAAUGAGAGGAAGAUUGUUGAAAACGAGAAUAAGAAUUCCGAGUCAUUAAAGAGUUUACACGAGGAAUUGAAUUUGAAGAUUAGCGAAAUUGAGAAAUUGAACAAGAUAAUCAGUGAAUUGAAUUUGAAUUUGGGUGAUAAAGAAAAGAGUAUUUCGUUGAUUAAUAAAGAGUUGGGGUUGAUUAAGGUUGAAGAUGAAAAGAAAUUAAAAGAGUUGAAUACAAUUAAAGAAGAAAUUAAAAACAAUGAACGAUUCAGUGCUGAGAAAUUUGGCAAAUUGAACAGUGAGUUGUCAAGUAAAGUGAAGGAGAUCAAUGAGUUGAAUAGUUCAUUGAAGGAAUUAAAGAAUGAGAGUAGCUCGAUAGAGAAAAAGUUGAAGGAAAAGAGUCAAUUGGGAGAGGAAAGGCAAUUGAAGAUUGAUGAAUUGAAUGAAAAGUUGAGCCAGGUUUCCAAGGAGAAGAGUGAGAUUGCAGAGAAAUUGGGGGAGAAGAGUAAAGCCAAUGAAGAGUUGGUUGGUAAAUUAGAGGCUGUUCAAAAAGAAAAUGCAAGUGAAAGAGAAGUUCAAUUGAGGAAACAAGAAGAAGAGCAAAAACAAAAGGGAGCUCAAAUUGAGGAGUUGAACUUGAAGAUAAAGGAGUACAAUGAGAUAAAAUUGAAAUUGGAAGAAGAGUUGAAGAAGAUUAAGGAAGAUAAGAAGCGAGAUGAGAUUUUGAUUGAGAAACAACAAGGAGAGAUUGAGGAGAGUAAGAAGAGACUUGAGUUGGAAUUGAAGAAAUCUAUUGGUGAAUUAGACAAGAUCCAGAAGGAGUUGAAGGAAUCUAACGAGGAGAAAAGCGUUUUGAAGGAAAAUAUAAGUAAAUUGAAGAAAGAGCUUGAAGAUGAAAAAUUGAAGGUUGAAGAUAAAGACAAAUGGAAUAAAGAAAGCAGUUUAAAGGUUGAAGAGUUGGAGAAGAAGAUUGGGGAAUUUAGGGAAAAAACACAAGAAGCUGAGAAACAAAUUAAGGAAGUUGGUGCUAAACUCGAGGCAUCUGAAUUAAAGACCAAAGAUGCAGUUGGCAGAGCAGUUGUGUCGGAAAAGAAGGCAUUGGAAGCUGAGAAGGCGGUUGAGAGUUAUAAAGAACAAGUUAAGGAAGCACAAGAGUUGGCAGCAGCAGCGGAGUUAAAAGUGAAACAGGCAGAGGCUAAAGUUGAAGAAGCUCAGAGUUCUGAAAGUAAAGCUAAAGAAGCCGAGUUGAAGGCGGAGAAUACGGUUAAAGAGAUUGAAACCCAAAACAAGGAAAUUGGAUUAAAAGCCGAGACACAAAUUAAAGAAGCAGAGGGCAAGGUUAAGGAAAUAGAAGGCAAGAUCAAAGAAAUUGAAAAAACAAGCGAGAAGAAAGUUAAGGAAGCGGAAUCCAAGGCCAAAGAAGCGGAAUCUAAAGCUGCAAAUGAAGUCCAAGUAGCUGAAGAUAAAGUAAAAGAGGCCGAGUUGAAAACAGAGGCACAAGCCAAAGAAACGGCAUCUAAACUCAAGGAGGCCGAAUUGAAAGUUAAAGAAGCUGAAGAUAAACUCAAAGAAGCCGAAAGAAAAGCAGAAACAGAACGCCAGGUCUAG